AUGACCGAAUUAUUCAAUAGUUACGAGUCCGAUCUCGAAAAACUACUUUCUCAAAUUGCCAUCCAAGUACAAUCAUCAUCGGAAGGAUCGACUUCUUCCGAGCUGAAGAAUAUCAAUACAGCUAAAAAUCUCAUCAAACAAAUGAAUAUCGAGAUACAAAGCAUCACUAAUGUAAAACAAAAAGGAGAAUUGAAAACAAAAGUUAAUCAUUACAAGCAACAAGUUGAAAAAUUGGAACAAGAAUUGAAAAAAUCAAAUUUAUUGUCUGGCUCCUCGUCGUUCAAUGGGAAGACCGAUCAUCAUGCAAUGGAUAUUUCUUCCACGAGUGGGGAUGACCACAAACAACGAAUGCUAAACUCGACACAAAUUUUGAAAAAUUCCUCAAAAACGUUAGAGAUGGCAGAUAAAGUAUUGAACGAAACAGAGCAAAUUGCUCAAGAAUCAGCAGCAACGGUUCGACAACAUUCAGAGAAAAUCAAACAAAUACAAGACAAAAUGUACGAUCUAGAGUCUGAAGUGAGACAAGGAAGAAAAACUGUGGAUAGAAUGUCGAGACCUGCCAUUGUAAAUUUAUUCAUGAAAUAA